AGAUCCGUUUCCGCAGCACAGCUCGUGUUUCCGGGUCUGGGCUCCGUGCUCGGCUGUGUCUCGUGUUAGUACUCGAUGUGCUGCUGGUGCAGGAUCUCUAAAGACUUGCAUCAUCCGGUAGGGAGGCAGAACCACAGGAUCCGUGGGUCCGGAGGAGAGAGAGAAUACAUGAUAUGGACAUGACAUGCGAGGAACAUUAUCCUUGUUAUUGAAACUUUAAAGCACCUCCUCUUCCUCCUCCUUCAGUCCGGGUCUCAGACUUUACUGAGUUUUAACACCGGGAGGAUCCUGAAGACUGCCGGGGAGCGUGUGUACUCUGCAGCGGGGCAGCAUCCAGUGAACCGGUUCCAUCAAGGUGUCUGUGUGUAAAUGUACACGUUGUGCAAAGUGCAAGGUCCCCUCCGAGCACAGAUAUGAGCAGCGAGCAGCUUUAGCGCACUGCUCCUCUCGGUCCCUCCUCUGCUGACUUUAAUGCGCCUUUAACUCCUCGGUUCUCUAGAAACUAGCUGUAUUUCUGCUCCGAACAUGUCCUGCCUCUUACUAGGAGUCAUACGAAGACAUGGGGGUGUCGGAGCCAAUGUUGGGAUCCGGUCCCUGGCCUCCAUCCCCUCGCUGCCCCCAGCAGUGGCUGAAUUUGUGAAGGGAGCGGUGGAUGAAUGUAAACCCUCCAACGUGCACGUGGUGACGGGGACGCCAGAGGAAUCAGCCAACAUCCUCGCAGGUUUGGAGAAGGAAGGGAUGGUGAAGAAGCUUACCAAAUAUGAUAACUGCUGGUUAGCACGCACAGACCCAAAAGAUGUGGCCAGAGUCGAAAGCAAGACUGUGAUUGUGACCAAGAACCAGAGAGACACCAUCCCCAUCCCUGCUGGGGGGGCCAAGAGCCAGCUGGGCAGCUGGAUGAGCGAGUCUGACUUUCAGAGGGCAAGACAGGAGCGUUUCCCCGGCUGCAUGGCAGGUCGCACCAUGUAUGUGAUUCCUUUCAGUAUGGGUCCUGUGGGUUCCAGUCUGACUAAAUACGGCGUCCAGGUGACGGACUCGCCGUACGUUGUUGCCAGUAUGGGGAUCAUGACGCGCAUGGGCACUCCUGUCCUGAAUAAGCUGUCUGAAGGAGCAGAGUUUGUCCGCUGUCAGCACUCUGUGGGUCAACCUUUGCCUCUUAAAGCCCCUCUGGUGAACUCGUGGCCCUGUAACCCCGAGAAGGUGCUGAUUAGUCACCUGCCUGACAUGAGGCAGAUCAUGUCCUUUGGCAGCGGCUACGGAGGAAACUCUCUCCUGGGGAAGAAGUGCUUCGCCCUCCGCAUUGCCUCCCGCAUCGCAAAGGAUGAGGGCUGGCUGGCUGAGCACAUGCUGAUCCUUGGCAUCACUAACCCUCAGGGAGUGAAGCGGUACGUAGCAGCAGCCUUCCCCAGCGCCUGUGGUAAAACUAACUUGGCCAUGAUGAAACCGUCUCUGCCCGGCUGGAAGGUUGAGUGUGUUGGCGAUGACAUUGCCUGGAUGAAGUUUGACAGCCAAGGUAAAUUGAGAGCAAUCAACCCAGAGAACGGCUUCUUUGGCGUGGCUCCCGGCACCUCAGACAAGACCAACCCCUACGCCAUGGCCACCAUCGCUAAAAACACCGUGUUCACUAACGUUGGUGAGACCAGCGACGGAGGAGUGUGGUGGGAGGGCCUUGACCCCCCUGCAGCUGGAGUCACACUCACAGACUGGCACGGCAAAACCUGGAAGAAAGGAAGCUCGGUUCCCUGCGCCCACCCCAACUCCCGCUUCUGUGCUCCAGCCGCUCAGUGUCCCAUCAUCGACCCGCAGUGGGAGAGCGAUGAGGGGGUCCCCAUUGAUGCCAUCAUUUUUGGAGGCAGAAGGCCAGAAGGAGUCCCUCUGGUCUACGAGUCCUUCAACUGGCAACAUGGAGUAUUUGUUGGAGCAGCCAUGAGGUCCGAGGCAACAGCAGCUGCCGAGCAUCAAGGGAAGGUGAUUAUGCACGACCCCUUUGCCAUGCGACCAUUCUUUGGUUACAACUUCGGUGACUACCUCGCCCACUGGCUGAGCAUGGAGAGCCGAAAAGCGCCCACUCACCUGCCCAAGAUCUUCCACGUCAACUGGUUCAGGAAGGACCCUGCAACCGGAGCCUUCCUGUGGCCCGGCUUUGGUGAAAACGCCCGCGUCCUGGAGUGGAUCUUCAAGCGCUGCGGCAAGGAGAGGGAGGACGAAGCUGCCAAGAAGAGCAUUAUCGGCUGGCUGCCAGAAGAUGGCGCCAUCGACACUAAAGGUCUGAGCAGUAAGGUGGAUAUGGGUGCCCUGUUUGAUGUGCCGGCACCUUUCUGGCAAAAGGAGACAAAAGAGUUGAGAGCUUACUUCACUCAGCAAGUUGGAGCUGAUCUACCGGCUCAGGUGGAGGCUGAGCUGAAGGCGCUGGAGCACAGAGUCCACAAUUAAAAGAUCCACUGACAGGAAGCCCAUCCAGGCACAGAGAGGUAGAUGUUCAUGACACAAGAUUUAUAUCACAGGGUGUAAUCUGAGUCCAUGGCUGAGUUCACACGCACAAAGAAAUACGUCAAAUACACUUUUGAUUUAUUAACAAACAUGAUUUAUUUUAUUUGUUGAGGAUUCAGAGAAGUGAUACGAUGCUCUUUCUCUGUGCAUGUGGACACAGCCUGUGCAUGUGGACAUAAUGGACGAUGCACACGCUCUUUUUAGACACUACUUGACAUAAACACUGCAGCACUGAGGGACUGGAGCUGGGUGUGUUGGAGGUUUAGAUUUCUGUGAAGUACACAUGUCUCUACCUCUACUCUCUCACUCAACCUGGCAUGGUUUUAAAGCACAAUUAACGUGACCCUGCAGUGCUAGAUAAGACAUUCAGCUGUACUAUUUCAAGUCAGCUAAAGUUUACUAACAUCCAAAGAUUUAACUAAAUUCUGACGGUGAAUAGAUGAAGUUUUUACUAUUUUACUCUAAAAGAUUUUAAGCUUUUUAAUAUCCUGUCAUGGAAUGACUCGAUUCAAGCUCUUUAUCUGUAUCUACAGAAAGCAGAAGUCCUUUAACUUCUCAACAUACUGAUUUCUGUGUGCACGAGGGUUACUAUGCAUCAUUCAUUCUGCCACUUUUGUAAUGUUUGUGAUUAGAUUCCUUAAUUUCAGGACAUGUUUACACACAAUAUGUGAAAAUGUUGGACCAAUAAAUGCAGCUGAGAUUAUGACGUAUUUUUAGAAGCCGAGGUUUUUAUUAUGGUGCAAUGAAUAAAUAUCUUCAGAUACAGAAA